CUGGGCUGCAGAAUGUUGACCUGCAAAGUUGGGCCUCAGGAAAAGUUCUUCAGAGUACACGCAGACCUGAUGUGCAAGACCUCCCGCGUGAUUCGAAACAAAAUCCAACGUAAACGACGCAAAAUCGAAGGCGACUGCCCUAUCUGCCAUGAGGAACUCAGGCCAGAAGCUGAGGACUUGACGUUUUGUGACGCCUCAUGCGGCCGCAACUUCCACUCCUCAUGUAUGACAGGAUGGAUACAGCGCGCGACUGCCGCCGCGACAUGCCCACUUUGCCGACACGAUUGGGUUCAAGUAUCAGACCGUACACUGGACAUGACGGAUAUUAGCGAACGCGGCUUCGAGAUCUACGUUGAGUGGCUGUAUUAUGCCAAGAUUCCUAUCGAAACCGAUGGCUUGGAUGAAUGUUGGAAGGAUCUGAUUGAAGCAUACUUUCUCGGCAUAAAGCUUCAGGAUCUUGACUUCUGCAUCGCUAUCCUACAGUCCAUUAAAGAGGUGGGUGUGGAUGAGAAUGACUUCCCGGGCCCAGAAGCCGUGAAACUGGCGUACGACAAGACUUGUGAGCCAUGUCCUCUGAGGUAUGUCCUCGUGAGUAUGUACAUGAGGUCACAGGGUGGAUAUUUG